AUGAGUGAUAAACUAUUAUUUCUAUCAUCAACUAUGUCGAAUAAACAUGAACGUAUACGAGAAAUAAAAUAUCAUAUUAAUCAAUUAUUAUCAGAAUUACAUAUGAUUGAACCCAAUAAUGAUUAUUUAGAAAAUUUUCGACCAUUUAAUAUAACAAUAAAUUCAUCAUCAAAAAUAAUAACAAAUGAAAAAUGUUUAUUAAAUAAUCAAUGUCCAUAUUUAUUUCGUAAACAAACUAAAUUACAUUCAACAACAUAUCAUGAAUAUAGAAAAUUUUAUAGAAGGAAAAAAUAUUUAAUAUUAUCACCAAAAAAAAAUCCUUUUAUUACACCUUCAUGUGUAACAAGCACACCAAAAAAUUCUCCUAAUCAAAAUAAAUUACUUCAACCUCAUCUGACAUCAACACCACGUCAUAAUAAACGUCAAUCAAAGAAUAUCAUUCCACUUAAACGUCUCAUUUAUAAUAAUAAUAAUGAUAAAUUUUCUAAUCGACAACGACAUUCAACUAAACGAUCAAUUCUUCCACAUUAUAGUCCUUUGAAUCCAAUUGAUGAAAAUCCACAAUGGAUAUAA